UAUCAAAGUUUCAUUAACAAGUAACAAUGUGCGUUGUCCAACACUGCUUCAAUCAGCUGAUAGAGUAACAGUGUAAAUGUCCAAUUCCUCCAAGUGCCGUGUGUGCAUUUGCUCACUCGAUGCAUCUACUGUUUGCUAUGAUAUGCGUAAGUUGCCUAAAUUGGCGCACAAGUUUAUCACAUGCACUGAUUUAUCCGUGUCCGAUGAGACGCGGUUGCCCAGCGAGCUAUGCCGGGCAUGCCAUGACCAACUGGAACGUUUGUAUGCAUUUCGGGCUAAGUGCAUAGCAGCCGAUACAAAAUGGCGUAUGGAAAUAUUAGCAUUUUCUGUAGAUGAUGAACAGCAUGUCCAGACUGCUGAGGGAACUAAUCUUGAUCAGAAACCUAGUGAGUCCAGAGUUGAACCAGAGAAAAACCAGGUUCUUGAACUCCUGCAAACAGGUGAAACAGAAACUAAAAUGGAGGAAAGAAAAAUUGAACCAGUUCAACAGCAAAUAGAAAUCAGAUCAGAACAAAUUCCCGGACAGAGCUCCUCGGCUAAACAGCCUAAAUCGAUAUACAAAUGCGACAUCUGCGCUACACAGUUCUUAGAGGAGCAUCGCCUGCAAGCCCACAAACGUCAACAUGGACUUAUGCCCUACCCCUGCCCAGAACCGGGCUGCGAUCGUGGUUACAGUCACAAGAAUACACUGAGCGUUCACAUGCGUAAGUGCCACAAGUUGGGCAAGGAGCACAAGUCGCACGUUUGCGAGUACUGUGGCAAGACUUUCGACACACUGUGGCGGCUUAAGAAUCAUCGUUUCACCCACAAGGACAAAUCGGAGUUACCUUAUGUAUGCGAAGAGGCGGACUGUAGCCAACGUUUUUCCAGUAAGCAGUUACUCAAGGUGCAUAUGAUGCGCCAUGCCGGCAUUAAGAACUAUAGCUGCACCUACUGUGGCGUACAGAAGACAACGCGGACUGAGCUGAAGAUUCACCUGAACUAUCAUACGCUCGAGCGCACCUAUUGCUGUCGCAUAUGCUCGAAGGUGUGCAACAGCUCCAGCAAUCUCAACCUCCACAUGCGCAGCGUACACGAGCGAGAUCGUGCUCGCUGCUUCGCCUGCAGUUACUGCGAUCGCACGUUCACGCAGCCCUUUCUAUGCAAGCAACACGAACUGAUCCACACAGGCGAGAAACCACACGAGUGCCCGGAAUGCGGGAGACAUUUCAGACAAAAGGGAGCUCUACGCACUCACCGAAAAAUACAUGAGCGAGAGAGCAUCGAAUCGAACGAGAACCCUGAAACCUGCCGGAAUGAAGCAAGUACUGGGGAAUAAGUAUUAAAGAUGUGCCAGAAAAUGUGGAACAUAAAUAUAAGUAAACUAAACUAUCGUAAGGUGCAUUUAAAUCAUAAUUUAUUAAACAAUACAAAUAAAAAUAAAACAAAACAUGUCACGACUUAUAGUGAGAGCAACUAUUACAGUCAGCGUCUCGCUCAUC